CCCCAGUGGGGCCGCCAUGGCCGCCGUGGGCUGGAGAGAGGCGCUGAGGCGACGGUUGGCGCGGACCGUCACCGCCCCGGAGCCAAAGAAAAGUGAACAGGAACGAAAAGAUGAAGAAAUGGAUUUGUUCACCAUGUAUUUCACAGAGUGGAAAGGAGGUAGAAAGAGCGUGAAUGCAUUCUACAAGGUUAUUCCCCGUUUUUACUAUAGGUUGCCGGCGGAGGAUGAAGUCCUGCUGCAAAAAUUAAGAGAGGAAUCUAGAGCCGUCUUCCUGCAGAGGAAAAGCAGGGAGCUGCUGGAUAAUGAAGAAUUGCAGAACUUGUGGUUCCUGCUGGACAAGCAUCAAACACCCCCUAUGAUUGGGGAGGAGGCGAUGAUCAAUUAUGAAAACUUCUUGAAGGUUGGUGAGAAAGCCGGACCCAAGUGCAAGCAGUUCUUCACAGCUAAGGUCUUUGCCAAACUGCUUCACGUCGAUCGCUAUGGAAGGGUUUCCAUCAUGCAGUUCUUUAAUUAUGUUAUGAGGAAAGUGUGGCUCCACCAGACAAGAAUUGGCCUGAGUUUGUACGAUGUGGCCGGACAGGGUUACCUCCGGGAAUCGGAUUUAGAAAACUACAUUUUGGAACUUAUACCGACUCUACCCCAGUUGGAUGGACUAGAGAAAUCUUUUUACUCUUUCUACGUCUGCACUGCAGUUAGGAAGUUCUUCUUCUUUUUAGACCCUCUCAGAACAGGGAAGAUAAAAAUACAGGAUAUUUUGGCGUGCAGUUUCCUAGAUGACUUAUUGGAGUUAAGGGAUGAAGAGCUCUCCAAAGAAAGUCAAGAGACAAAUUGGUUUUCUGCUCCAUCUGCCCUGAGGGUUUAUGGCCAAUAUCUCAACCUCGACAAGGACCACAACGGCAUGCUGAGCAAGGAGGAACUCUCCCGCUACGGGACAGCAACUAUGACCAACGUCUUUUUGGAUCGGGUCUUCCAGGAGUGUCUUACCUAUGAUGGAGAAAUGGAUUAUAAAACCUACUUGGAUUUUGUGCUGGCGUUAGAAAAUCGCAAGGAACCUGCAGCUCUGCAGUACAUCUUUAAACUGCUCGACAUAGAGAACAGAGGCUUCCUGAAUGUCUUUUCCCUCAAUUAUUUCUUCCGGGCUAUCCAGGAACUAAUGAAGCUCCACGGACAAGACCCCGUUUCAUUUCAGGAUGUCAAGGAUGAGAUCUUCGACAUGGUGAAACCCAGGGAUCCCUUGAAGAUAACCCUGCAGGAUUUAAUCAACAGCAAUCAAGGUGACACGGUCACCGCCAUUCUAAUCGAUCUGAAUGGCUUCUGGACCUAUGAGAACAGAGAGGCCCUCGUAGCCAACGAUAACGACGGCGCAGCGGACCUUGAAGACACAUGACCUCCAACGGCCUCCGCCGCCACCGCUGCUCCGGCCCCCGGAAGCCGAGACCUCAGCGGAGGUCCGGGCACCCGGAAUUUUUGUUCGUCCGCGGCGCUCUAAGUGGGCCCUGCUGAAAACUCGACGUGGAAAUAGGACUUGUUAGGAGGUUGAGGAAAUUAAAGCCGGCAAACCCUGAACCGUAGCCCGCUGGUUAAAAAGAAAACGGGCCCGCCAGCCGGAGCCAGGCAGGCAGUGACGUCAGUUAGAGAAUUUUUAAAGGCAGAACUGUUUCUUCGGAAAGGAUGACUGGUGUAGGCAGAGGUGGUAUUGUUUCGUAAGCCGCUGUUUUAUAAACUACGCAUACCGUGAA